AUGGAAGGUUACCUCCCGGCCACCCCCUGUGGUCUCAGCAAAGACGCAGCACGCCCACUUCGUGUCAUCAUCUGCGGUGGAGGGCUCGGAGGGCUCGGUGCUGCCAUUGCGCUGCGACACAAAGGCCAUGAGGUGAUCGUGCUGGAGAGCGCAGUGGCUCUUAGCGAGAUCGGUGCAGGCAUCCAGAUUCCUCCAAACAGCACGCGAAUCCUCCACGCCUACUACGACUUGGGCGAAAAGCUGCGGGAGAAAGUGGCGUGGCCGCGCAACAUCUCUAUCAAGAGAUACGCGACAGGAACCAUUCUAGGAAGGACACCUCUCCAUCCUCACCUCUCGAAGAAGUAUGGCUACCCCUACUGGCUGAUCCAUCGUGCCGACUACCAGCGCAUUCUAUACGAGGAGGCCGUCGCCCUAGGAGCACAAGUCAUUCUGGCCACCUGCGUGGCUUCGAUCAACCCGGAUAAACCCUCGGUGACCACCUUGGAUGGGUCUGAGUAUCUCGGCGACGUCAUCGUUGGCGCGGAUGGCAUCCGCUCCAAGGUUCGCGAGUUCGUCCUCACCAAUCAAAAUGCCGUCCAACCGAAUCCAACAGCCAACUGUGCAUACCGCGCAACCAUUCCUGCAGAGCUCAUGUCCGCCGAUCCCGACACUGCGAAGCUCAUGACAGAUCCUAACUCGAACGCCUGGAUCGGCCACAAUCGACACGUCAUGGCCUAUCCCAUCCGCCAGGGCGCCCUGUACAACCUCGUCAUGUGCCAUCCGGGUCAGGCAAAACCUGGAGUAUGGAACGAGCCCGGAGAUGUGCAACAAAUGCGAGAGACGUACGCCACAUUUGACCCACUGAUUCGCAAGGUCAUUGACAAAGCCACAGCCUGUCUGCGUUGGACCCUCGCCGAGCUGCCACCCUUGCCAACUUGGCUCAGUCAGUCCGGGAAGGUGGUGUUGAUCGGCGAUGCCGCCCACGCGAUGGUCCCCUUCCUAGCUCAAGGUGCCAGCAUGUCCAUCGAAGACGGACCCGCUCUUGCCGAGUGCCUCAGUCGGGUCAAGGAGAUCGAAGACAUCCCAAAGUACCUCCGAGUGUUUGAAGAACUCCGGCGGCCGCGUUGCGAGAAGAUGCAGCUGUACUCCAGGCAAAAUGGCCAGAUGUGGCAUCUCCGUGACGGACCAGAGCAAGAAGAACGCGACAGGGGUUUCGAGAGAGACAACUUCGCUGAAGCGAAAAGUGAGUCGUCACAGCAGCAGGGCGAAACCGUCAAUCCGUGGUCCGACCACAGCUUUCAACCGUGGUUAUUCGGUUACGAUGUCGUCAUGGAUGCCAGGAAAGUCCUGGACAAGUUCGACCGGAAACAACGGCCAUAA